AUGGCCUCCCCAAAGAGCGUCUCCCAGUCCAUCCUCGACAUCAUCACCCAGUUCGCGCUGAACAAGUUCGAUGACUCGGAUGCGCGCAUCGCCGCCGGCACCCCGUCCUUCCUCGCCACCAUCGACGCCUUCGUCGCUGCCGAGCGCGAGGUCCAGACAUGUCUCCCCUCUUUCCCCUUCAAGUCGGCCAACAAGCAGUACAAGGUCCUCGGCUCGCUGCCCGACAAGGCCGAAGAGCUCGCCCUCGCGCGUCUCAACAACAUGUGCCGGCGCAUUCGCGAGGUCUACCCACCGGGCGCGCGCGUCACCAUCAUCUCCGACGGCAUGACAUAUAACGACCUCCUCUCCAUAUCGGACCGCGAGACGUGGCAGUACGGCGAGGCCCUCCGCAAGAUGGCCCACGCAAAGGGCUUCAACCACGUCUCCUUUGCGCGCAUCCGCGACCUCGUCGACUGCCCGGACCUCCCCGCUCAGCUGCGCGAGAUCACCUACGUCGCCAACUGCACCAACAUGCGCCGGGUUCUCCUCAACGAGCACGGCCGCGACGACCUCGACAUCGACAAGGAGAUCGUCGAUAACCCGGACACCAAGCUCACCUACCUCGGCUACCGCCGCUUCCUCGAGUCCGACCUCAAGCACAUCUUCCCGACCGACAAGGACCGCACAAACCGCGCCUACAAGCGAGACGUCAAGUAUGUUGCCAAGCAGAUGCUGAAGCGUGGAUACGCAUUCGCCGGAGCCGUCAAGAAGGCGUUCCCGGACCACCUCCGCCUCUCCAUCCACGAGUCCCUCGGCGAGCACAAGGUCUCCAUCAGCCUCCUCAACACCCAGACCGGCUUCACCACGCCCUGGCACUGCAGCGUCGCCCAGCUCGCCGACGGCGAGUGGAUCAGCGCGCCCAAGGGCGAGUUCGAAAAGGACGCCCGCCUCGAGGUCGUCCUGGAGAACGGCCGCCCCUCGCACUUCCGCGAGAAGCCGCGCGCCCCCGACGACGCCACCCCGCGCAUCAGCGAAUCCUGGACGACCUUCAUGCCCGCCGCCAAGAAGUUCAGCCCGUCGUCGGCGGGCUCCUCGUCGCCGAGCCUGCGCUCGGAAGCGGGUGGCGGCCGCCGCGCGUCCUCCCCGUCCGUCGGCCUCGGCAUCAGCGGCUGCACCACGCCCGAGCCCGCCGCCGCGAACACCAAGGGGGACGAGACGGUAGUGGGUAGCGGUGGCUCACCGGCCGUCGACUACGGAAGGCGACUGCUGCCCCAGAUCAUCGACGAGCGCGCCGCUUCCCAUCCGGACCAGGUCCUCUUCUCGCUGUCGACGAUGGUCAGGAACGAGCUCCAAUUCCGCGACAUCACGGCCAGGCAGUUUGCCCGGGCCAUUGACAAGACGGCAUGGUGGCUGGAGGCCCAGGUCGGCAAGCAAACCGCCAUCCAGCCGAUUGGAUACAUCGGACCACAUGAUCUUCGACAUGUCCUGCUGACGUACGCCUGCGUCAAGGUCGGCUAUGCCGCUCUCUUCCUCUCCCCGAAGAACAGCACCCAAGGCGCCCUCGCCGUCCUCGAGACCCUCGGCUGCAACAUCUGGGCCAAGGCCGGCGACGCGCCCCUCGUGCCCCUCGUCCAGGACGUUCUCCAGCAGCGCCCCAUGACCCUCCUCGAGCUCCCCACCCUCGACGUCCUCCUCGACGUCUCCUCCAACCCCCCUCCACCUUACCCCUACACCAAGACCUUCUCCGAAGCCACCACCGAGCCCUUUUGCUUCCUGCACACCUCCGGCAGCACCGGCGUCCCCAAGCCCAUCCCGUGGUCCAACGGGCUCAUCGGCACCAUGGACGCCGUGCGCCUCCUGCCGCGCGUCCCCGGCGACCACGGCCUGCCUCCCUGGACCGCCGACUGGCUCCCCGGUGACCGCAUCUACUCCUCGUUCCCCAUGAGCCACGGCGCCGGCAUCAUCAUGAACCUCCUGCUUCCCGCGCUGCUCGAUCUGCUGUGCGUCAUGGGCCCCGUCGGCGUGCUGCCCAACAUCACCCUCGUCGAGGCGCUCGCCGAGCGCGCCCGCGUCGACAUAUGGAGCAUGGUGCCGUCGCUGACCGACGAGGUCGGCGAGACCCCCGACGUGCUCGCCAAGCUCGCGCCGUCCAAGUUCAUCUGCGCCUCCGGCGGGCCGGUCAGCCCGGUCAGCGCGGCCAAGGCCAACGCGGUCGUCCGCGUGCUCAACCUCACGGGCACCACCGAGGGCCUGUUCAUCGGCAACCUGGUGCCCGCGCGCGAGGACUGGUUCUGGUUCGCCUUCCACCCCUACUCGGGCUUCGAGUUCAAGCCGCUCGACGAGGACGACACGUACGAGCACUGGAUCCACCGCGACGACCGCCACGCCGAGCUCUUCCAGGGCAUCUACCACACCUUCCCCGAGCAGCGCUCCAUCAACUUCAAGGACCUGUACGCGCAGCACCCGACCAAGCCGUACCUGUGGUCCUUCAAGGGCCGCAACGACGACCUCGUCGUGUUGUCCAACGGCUACAAGAUCUCGCCGCUGCAGACCGAGGCGCUCAUCGGCGCGCACCCGGCCGUCGCCGGCUGCCUCGUCUUCGGCACGGGCAAGCCGCAGGCCGCGCUGCUCGUCGAGCUCCAGGACCCCGUCGGCGGCAAGACGGAGCCCGUUCUCGACAGCAUCUGGGAGGCGGUGCAGGCGGCCAACGUGCAGAUGCGGCACAAGAACCAGUUGCUGCGCGACUUCGUCGCCUUCGCGGAGCCCGACAAGCCCUUUGCGCGCACCGACAAGGGCACCGUCAAGCGCGCCGCGACGCUCGCGCUGUAUGCCGACUACAUCGAGCGCUUCUACGCCUCGCGCAGCGCCGACCUCCCCGCGCUCGACGUCGACCUGAGCUCGCCGGCGUCCGUCCGCCACGACGUGCGCGAGCUGUUCGCCUCGUACCUGCCCGAGGUGCGCGACGCGCCGCUCGACGCGAAUCUGUUCGAGCUCGGCCUCGACUCGCUCGCCGUCUUCGCGGCCAUCAAGACGCUGCGCGCCGUCACCGGCCUGGCCGACCGCCUGAGCGCCCGCCAGCUCUAUGCCAACCCCACGCUGGACGGCUUCUCCGAGGUGCUGCUCGAGCUGUCCGGGGAUACUACGCGGACACACGCCGCCGAGGCUGGCGGCGGCGGCGGCCGGGCGAUGACGGAGCUGCAACGGCUCGCGGCCAGGCACCGGGCGCGGCAGUCGUUCAAGCUCAACGCCAUGGACUACGUCAACCCGAACCACUACAUGGGGCUCGUCUUCUACUUCCCCCUGGCCGAGGGCGUCAGCUUCCGGGAGGCGUUCGACAACCUGUCCGCCGGCCUGGACCGCACCAUGGACCUGAUCCCCGCGCUGGGCGGCAAGAUGGUGCCGUGCUCCGAGCACGAGAUCGGCUUCGUCCAGGGCGACCUGUGCGUGUCGAUUCCGCCGCCACGAUUGGCCUCCUCGGCACACAAGCGGCUCAUCUACAAGGACUGCUCCGGCUUCCUGCCCACGUUCGCCGAGCUCCGCGACAAGGACUUUGUGCCGUCGCUGUUCCGCGACGAGCUCAUUCUCCAGCAGGACACGUUCCCGAAGCUGCCGGCCGACAUCGUCAUCGCGCAGGCCAACUUCGUCGAGGGUGGGUGCGUGCUGGCCGUGGACAUGAACCACUGCUGCAUGGACGGCAUGGGCGUCAUGAUCGCGCUCAAGGCGUGGGCGGAGAACUGCCGCCUGCUGCAGGGCGACGCGUCGGCGACGUGCUCGUGGCUCGACCCUGACAGCUUCAACCACGGCCUCCCCGAGAUCAUCCACGAACAGGAGGGCUGGGCCAAGGCCCCGGAAGAGGUUGAUCCCGGCACGUGGGGCUUUCUCCCCUUCCAGCCCGCCGAGGACGCCGCCCCGAGCAAGUACGUGCCGACCGGCGCGGACCUGCCGCCGGCGCCCAAGUUCAAGCUACACUCCGUGUGGCCGCUGCCCCGCGCUGAGCGCUGCAUGAACACGACGGUCAUGGAGAUCUCCGCCGAGAACAUCCGCAAGCUCAAGAAGCAGGUCCUGGCUGACCCCGAGACCAAGGGCUCGAGCGUCUCCGUCAGCGACAUCGUGCAGGCCUUUUUCUGGCGGAGCGCGAUCCGCGCGAGACGCCACGCGGCCAAGAUUAGCGGGAAGCCAGACCUGGAUUCAGACCACAUCUCCAUCUUGGAGGCGCCGACGGACGGCCGCGCCCACUUUUCGUCGCUGCUACCCGCCACCUACAUGGGCAGCAUGCUCAUCAUGAGCCGCUCCGUGCUGUCCGCCGGGGAGCUCUGUGCACCGGAAACUAGCCUCGGCCGCAUCGCCCAGGUGCUGCGCGACACCGCGGCGCGCAUUACGCCGUCGCUGGUGCAUGACGCGUUCACGCUGCUGCAGUCGCUGCCUGACCACACGCGCUUUUCCACGGCGAACAUGGGCCUCGAACACAUGCACGCCAUGAUCUCGAACCUGAUGCUGUUUCCGCUGAGCGAGGUUGACUUUGGCAGCAAGUUCUUUGGAAACAGCGGGUCCCCGGAGGCGAUGCGGCCCCAGCUGGUGCGCGGGAACGGGCGGUUCCGGUUCUGGAUCAUCUCGCCGAUGAAGAAGGACGGCGCCGUGGAGCUCGUCCUCGGAACCUUCCCGGAGGAGCUGGAAUUUUUCAAGGGAGACGAAGAGUUUGGCAAAUACGCCAAGGUUGUAGACGUUUCACCUUGGUAA